GGGAAAGUAGGUUAGUGGUCCGACAGCAUGACGGAGAAGAGAAACUGGGUCACCAUUGACAAUCCUUUAUGUCACACUUUUCACUUCCAUAACAGCUCACCUAGCCUUCUUCCAUGGACGCACACAUCAUUGCAGGCUACAUAGUUUCACAGCGAGCACCUGCUAUUUAGGGAUCAGAGCAGAUUACGUGGAUGGAACUUGGCUGAGCUGAAUCCACCAGAGACCACAUCAAAUAUCAGCUGACCAGUCUGGGACAGAUACAAGUCUCAUUAGGGAGGCCUGUUGCUGUUUCUUAUCCAGUUGAGGGCUCAAGAGUGGAUGGAAGGAGAUGAUUUUAACACAGAGGCUGUGAUGAACAUCUGUGAUGACCUAAUGGCAGACCAAAGGAUGGACAUCUCCUCUACAAUGACUGACUUUAUGUCCCCCGGCUCUACUGACCUCAUCUCCAGUUCUAUCAGCACUCCCAGCAUGGACUACACUCGGAAGAGAAAGGGCAGCACCACAGAAUACCAAAUCGAUGGCUUCCCAUAUGACAAUUUAGACCCAGACAAAGAUAAACUGGGAAGUGACCAACCAGGACGGAUAAAGAAUGCCAGAGAGGCUCACAGCCAGAUUGAGAAGCGCCGCAGGGACAAGAUGAACAGUUUUAUUGAUGAACUGGCGUCACUGGUGCCCACGUGUAACGCCAUGUCUCGUAAACUGGACAAGCUGACGGUUCUGCGCAUGGCUGUUCAGCACAUGAAGACACUUAGAGGAGCAGCAAACCCCUACACAGAGGCCAACUACAAGCCUUCCUUCCUUUCUGACGAUGAGCUGAAACAUUUGAUACUUAGGGCUGCCGAUGGUUUCCUGUUUGUGGUCGGCUGUGAUCGUGGAAAAAUUCUUUUUGUUUCAGAAUCUGUUUACAAGAUUCUUAACUACAGCCAGAAUGACCUGAUAGGUCAGAGUCUCUUUGACUACCUGCAUCCUAAAGACAUUGCCAAGGUGAAAGAACAGCUGUCUUCUUCCGACACCGCCCCUCGUGAGAGGCUCAUUGAUGCUAAAACUGGUCUUCCAGUGAAGACGGACAUCACGCCUGGUCCAUCUCGACUUUGUUCUGGAGCCAGACGCUCAUUUUUCUGCAGGAUGAAGUGUAACAGACCCUCUGUCAAAGUAGAAGAUAAAGACUUUCCCUCUACCUGUUCCAAGAAAAAAGCUGAUCGUAAAAGCUUCUGCACCAUCCAUAGCACAGGGUAUCUAAAAAGCUGGCCCCCCACAAAGAUGGGUCUGGAUGAAGACAAUGAGCCAGACAACGAGGGCUGCAACUUGAGCUGCCUGGUAGCCAUCGGUCGGCUGCAUCCACAUAUUGUCCCGCAGCCCAGCCUGGCAGACAUCAGGGUGAAACCCACCGAAUAUGUCUCUCGACAUGCUAUCGAUGGCAAAUUUGUCUUUGUUGACCAAAGGGCAACAGCUAUCCUAGCAUACCUACCCCAGGAGCUGCUGGGAACCUCCUUCUAUGAAUAUUUUCAUCAGGAUGACAUUGGCCAUCUAGCAGAGUGCCACAGACAAGUGUUGCAGAUGAGAGAAAAGAUCAACACCAAUUGUUACAAAUUUAAGAUCAAAGAUGGCUCUUUCAUCACGCUGAGAAGCCGAUGGUUCAGCUUCAUGAACCCCUGGACCAAGGAGGUGGAGUACAUUGUCUCCACCAACACGGUUGUGUCGUGUCCCAUGAUUGAAGGAUCCGUGUACACUCAGUCUGCUGCCUCUCCACAGAGUAUGGACAGUCUUCUCCCCUCAGAAGGUGGAGGAAGGCGAGCCCUACAAACAGUGCCUGGCAUUCCCGGUGGCACCAGGGCAGGAGCGGGAAAAAUUGGAAGAAUGAUCGCAGAGGAAGUUAUGGAGAUUCAAAGGAUUCGAGGCUCCUCCCCCUCCAGCUGUGGAUCCAGCCCACUAAACAUCACCAGCACACCUCCACCUGACACCUGCUCUCCAGGGGGGAAGAAGAUUCACAAUGGAGGAACACCUGAGCUGGCCAGCACUGGAAUCCUACCUGGACCUGAUUCUGUGGGAUACCCCUACUCCAACCAGUCCAUCAUGAGUGACAACUCCCACCUGGGUAUCGACAUCAUGGAUGAGCCCGGUUCCAGCAGCCCCAGCAACGACGAGGCGGCCAUGGCGGUCAUUAUGUCCCUCCUGGAGGCGGACGCCGGCUUAGGCGGCCCUGUGGACUUCAGCGACCUGCCCUGGCCUUUGUAAGAGGACUGUGGAGAGGAUCGCCAGGAGCCUCCCUCCUGCACCAAAGCCAGCGCUAGAGAGAGUUGAGCCAGGAGGAAAUGUUUGCUGCGUGAAUGAAGGCCAGCAAAGGACUCUGAGAUCAUGGCUCCUUGUACUGUAGAACCCAGUAGUUGACCUCUUUCUAACACUGGCUCUGGACCACAGCAAACGCUGGAAGACUCGCCAUCUAACAAUUCCACUUGUGGAUCAGAGGAAAAACAUCCAGAUGUUUCCGGAACUCUCCAACUUCCACUUGCUGUGAGUCCAGUGCUGACGAUGGAUCUGGAAACCUUCCUGAAGGUUUGUAGUGGUCCUCAGCAGAGCACGUAGACCUCACCAUUACUUCUCCCUGCACAUCUGCCAGUGGUGACCCUCAGCACUCUUACAAGAUGCCAUAUCUACAGUACUGUACCUCCUACUCAAAUAGGAACACUCCCUAACAAUCAUUGGAAUGAUCAAAUAUCUACUCGCAUGUGUGACAUUAUUUCAUAUUUCUUAUUCCAGGACGUGACCUGCUAUAUACAGGUACAUGGCAAAAAAGCAGAAUAUUUUUGUCAAAGGUCUAUGAUACAAACUGCCUUGCACUGUCAGUAGCUGUGAUGGACGUCCAACAUCCUUAAUAGUCGUCUUACUGGCCAGCAGCACGCUGAAGGAGUGCUUACCAUUCACACUAAAAAGGUGAGACGAAGAAAAAGCCAGAGUAUAUUUGAUUCCACUUGAGACGCAACCUUUGUGGUGAACUUUUUCUUCCAAGCCGGCAGCAAUGGUGAGGUCUACUGUGUUUUAGUGUUUGACCUUGUUUUAAUGUUAGACACAACAAUAAAGUGUACCCAUGUCUAUAUACCCCCUCCCCCGUCACAGAAUAAUGUAUCAAAUAUUAUACUUUAUGCAAAUAUAUGAGUAUGAUGAGUGUAUUGUAUGUAUCAGCAGUCAAUUAUUUUUUAAAAUAAAACUUUGUUUCUGUCUUU